GUUUACCAGCGUCUGAAUGACGAACAGACGCGACGCGAACAGACGCGAUUUGAUUCCUGGACUUCCUCAGACUUAGUGGUUUCCCACUGGUGUUGUUCAUUGUUGACACAUUCAUGAGUAAAACACAGUAGGAGUCAUGAUAAUGGGUGUAUUCUCACAUACAUGAUUACUGAGAGAUAAAAUCAAAUCAUAUAUGACACUUCACACGCACAAGUGCAGGAUCUGCGGUGGAUGACACGUGUUUCCUGCGUCCAAACAUGCCCAUCACACGUCUCCUGAACUUCCCUACAGACUCACCCCCACCCUCCAUCGCCCGGGUAACGCCUGGCCCCUCGCACACGCCCCGCGCCCUGUGGGCCCCGCUGGACUUCACUCUGGGCGCGCUGGCAUGCUGCGGCGCAUGCCUGUUCACCAACCCGCUGGAGGUGGUAAAGACCCGACUGCAGUUGCAGGGCGAGCUGCAGGCGCGCGGAUCGUACCAACGGCACUACCGCGGAGUGUUGCAGGCGCUGUGGGUGGUCGGCCGGACGGACGGGGUUCGAGGGCUGCAGAAAGGCCUGACGGUGGCGCUGUUGUACCAGGGCCUGAUGAACGGGGUUCGACUCGGGUUCUACUCCUACACAGAGGCGUCAGGACUCACGGCUGUCCCGGGAGGAAGUCUGAUCGCAGGGGACAGCGGAGCGCUUGGGGCAUUCAUCGCAUCCCCGGCUUAUCUGGUAAAGACUCAUCUGCAGGCGCAGGCAGUGGAGACCAUCGCUGUCGGACAUCAACACAACCAUCAGGGUGUGUCGAGUGCGUUUGUGUCCAUCUAUUGGAGGGGGGGUGUGUUGGGUCUGUGGCGGGGGGUAAACGGGGCCGUGCCCAGGGUCAUGGUGGGGUCAGCCGCUCAACUCGCCACAUUCAGCUCGGCUAAAGACUGGGUCACACACGCACAGUGGUUUAGCCCACACAGCUGGCUCACCACUCUCACAGCCGCUGUGAUCAGUGGAUUUGCCGUGACGAUCACCAUGACACCAUUUGAUGUUAUCAGCACACGACUUUACAACCAACCAGUGGAUGAGUUCAAAAGGGGUCGUCUGUAUUGUGGUUUUGUGGACUGUCUGAUGAAGGUUUGCGGGACAGAGGGGAUUGUGGGUCUGUAUAAAGGCAUGACUCCAGUGUUUGUGCGUUUGGCUCCUCACACGGUUCUCAGUAUGCUGCUGUGGGACGUCAUGAGACAGAAAGCACUCGUGUACACACACUGAUACACAACAAACACCUACACACCACACACACAAACACACACACACUGAUACACAAAAAACACCUACACACCACACACACACACACACACACACUGAUACACAAAAAACACCUACACACACACACACACACACACUAACACACACACUGAUACACAAAAAACACCUACACACACACACACACACGCACACUAACACAUACUGAUACACAAAAAAACACCUACACACCACACACACACACACACACACACACACUGAUACACAACAAACACCUACACACCACAUACACACACACACACACUAACACACACACUGAUACACAACAAACACCUACAAACCACACACACACACUAACACAAACACUUAUAAAAAAACACCUACACACACAUACACUAACACACACACUGAUACACAACAAACACCUACACACUAACACACACACUGAUACAAAACAAACACCUGCACACCACACACUCACACACACACUAAUACACAACAAACACCUACACACAACACACACUAACACAUACACACUGAUACACAACAAAUACCUGCAUACCACACACACAUACUAAUACACACACACACACUGAUACACAGCAAACACCUGCACACCACACACUCACACACUAACACACACACUGAUACACAAAAAACACCUACACAUCACACACACUAACACACACACUGAUACACAAAAAACACCUACACACCACACAAUCACACACACUAACACACACACACACACUGAUACACAAAAAACACCUACACACCACAUACACACACACAAACACACACACUGAUACACAACAAACACAUACACACCACACACACACAUACACACUAACACACACUUAUACAAAAAACACCUACACACACACUUAUACACAACAAACACCUGCACACCACACACACUAACACACAAACACUGAUACACAACAAACAAACACUAACACACACACUCUCACAGACUCACACACACACUGACACACAGCAAACACCUGCACACCACACACACACACACUAACACACUCACACACACACUGAUACACAACAAACACCUACACGUCACACACUAACACACACACACACACACACUAACUCACACACUGAUAAACAACAAACACUUUCACACAACACACACACACGCACACACAUAAUGAUCAUAAUUUCAAGCCUUGAGUUCAAAUAAACUAUUAUUAUUUUGAGUUUUAUUGUCAUGAUGCACUGAAUUAUAAAUGCAGCUGAACAUUGAUUAUGAUUAAUACAGUCACAUGAUCAUGAUUAUAUUUGACCUCAGUGUGUGACCAGUUUUAUGUGUUAAAUCUACUAAAUACAGUUUUUAUAAUGAACAUGCCAUUAUUAAAGAUCUUUCUGGU